GUGUUUGUUUGUACUAAUAUUAUUAUUAUUUUUUAGGUAGUAGUAAUUUCCGUCUAAAAUUAAAGUACCUUUUUUCUCUUCAAUUUUGAUUAUCACUACCACUGUUGCUGUAGUGCCAGCUUAUAUGUUCUCCUCUCUCGAUAUCUCAUUCAUCAUACCUUGCUUGAUAUUCAUUCAUUCAUUUAUACAGAGAAAAAAAAAAGUAAAGGUUUUCAGUGAGCAAAAACAGCAAUGGAAGCUGCUUCACCUAUCAUCAACAGGACUGGCUCUUAUUAUAACUUGUUAAUCUCUUUUACUAGAGAUUUUUUUAUUUCUUCCUCUGGAGCUCAGGAAACAAGCCUAACUGCUGAGCAAUAUCUCUGAGAUUAGGGGUCCAGAUCGUCUGUGCCACUGCUUGGAUGUGCCCUAUGUGCCACACCAAUAGAAACACGGUAAAAGUUGAAGAAUUAGAAGGAAGAACAAUUGGACUAUAUUUCUCAGCAAAUUGGUUUAGUCAGUGUCAAACUUUUACACCAAUUUUAGCAGAUAUAUAUAACCAAUUGAAAGAACAAGGAUCAAACUUCGAAAUAGUAUUUGUAUCUUCUGAUGAAGAUCAGAUUUCCUUUGACAAUUUUUAUAAGACCAUGCCGUGGUUAGCUAUUCCUCUCUCUGAUUUACAAUCUAAGAAGAGUUUAACGCAAAAGUUUCAAAUUGAAGGAAUCCCAUCUCUAGUAAUUGUAGACGAAUUUGGCGAACCAAUUCAAACAGAAGGAGUGGAACUCAUAUAUCGAUAUGGAGUUCAAGCUUUUCCGUUUACGUCCGUUAGGAUAGCGGAAUUGGAACUGGAAGAGAAAGCUAAUCAAGCUUCUCAAACUAUUGAAAAACUUCUUUCAACCCAUGCUAGAGAUUAUGUGAUUAGCAAAAAUGAACAAGUGCCUGUUGCUCACUUGGUGGGGAAAACGGUCGGCUUAUACUUCUCGGCUUCCUGGUGUCCUCCAUGUGUGAAGUUUACGCCGAGAUUGGCUAGUGUUUAUAAUAGUCUAAGAGACAAGAAACAUGACUUUGAGAUUGUUUUCAUUUCGCUUGAUCGAGAUGAAGAAGGAUAUCUUAGCUGCUGCAAGUCAAUGCCAUGGCUUGCUCUGCCUUAUGGCGAUGAGAUGGUUAAAGUAUUAUUAAGGUACUUCAAUGUUCAAGCCAUUCCAAGUUUGAUCAUCAUUGGACCUGAUGGAAAAACCGUUACGAGAGAAGGAAGAAACUUGAUUAACUUACACUUAGACAUGGCUUAUCCUUUCACAGAAGCUCAACUUUUAAGCAUACAAGAAAAGAUAGAUGAAGAAGCUAAGAGCUAUCCCAAAGCUAUCUCUCAUAGUGGUCACAAGCAUGAGCUGAGUUUGGUGUCAGCCAGUUCUGGAGGUGGGCCUUUCAUAUGUUGCAAAUGCGAUGAACAAGGUUCAGGAUGGGCAUAUCAAUGUAUUGAAUGCGGGUACGGAAUUCAUCUCAAGUGUGCACAACAAGUGGACGAAGAUGAACAAGUGAAGGAAGGAGCUAAUACUGCUAACUCCUAUUGUGCUUGCAAUGGAAAGUAGAAUGACUGGGGAGACUUUCUGAAAAUUCGGGAGGCGGGAAAUACAGGCUUGCAAAUGUACAGGAAAGUAAAAAUGCAUGACAAAGUGAAAUGUGAGAGCUAAAGCUAUGGAGUUCUCUGCAAAUGCCGAGAUCUCGUUAAACAAGAGAAAUUGGAUAUUGGUAAGUAUAUCUACAUUAAACCAGGUAAUUCUCCUCGUCCGUGCCUUUGUGAUGAGAUAGUAUGUGUGUGUGUAAUUUGUAGUAGAUAUCCAACUGUUAUUAGCAUUUUAUAACAGAACCUAAUCUUUUAAAAACUGUAUUCAUGUGGUAAGUAUGCCUUAUAGUGUCUGUGUUAUGUUUCAGAAGUCCAAUAUAAAUGUAAACAGUAAAAUUUCUGAUUUCAUCGGUAAAAUCGAGCUUUCUUCAUUGCCA